AUGUUACCCCUCAGAAUUUUUCAUACAUUAUUAUUUACUGCAAAUAAUGCUGAGCCAAUUCCAUGUCCAUUUGAUCAAUCAUGGCAUUUUAAAAAAAAUCGUCAGAUCUCCUCCUUAUGUCAACCAAAAGCAUUUCAUAAUUGUCUAUCACUAAAUACAUUCCAAAUAUCAUAUAAUAAUCGAUGUCAAUCUAACAAAGAUGUUAUAGCAAUAUGUUUUGCUCAAUUUUCUGAUGGAAAUAUGAAUUAUAUUAUAUCUCGAAGUUUAAAUCAACAAAGAUUUAUUUGUUUUUCAUAUACAAAAAUAAAAAUUAAUGAAAAAAAUUCACUACCAAAUGAAGUUUAUUUAUCUGAAGAUGAAACUUGUAGAAGUUUAUUAACAAGAGAAUCAGCUUUAAUAUUAAAUGUUCUAUCAAAUAAACAUUAUGAAUCAAAAGUUCAAAUGCCAGAUUGGACACAAGGCAUAUGGUUAUCUAUAGGAACAGAUCGUAUCAAUACAAAUACAUUUUAUAUCAAUCAAAGUCAACUUAUAAUAAAAAUCAAUGAUAAUCGAAUAAUAAAGCAUGAUCUUCAGUUUUUACGUAUUAUACAAAAUCAACAACAACAACAACAACAUGAAAAAAGUAUUCAUAUUCGAGCAAAAUCUUUAGAACAAUGUUCAUCAAUAUUUUAUUGUAUCAAAUUAAUUUAUCGAUCUUCAUCUGUUAUUGAUCUUUCUAUAGAACCUGUGACAAAAUCAAAUAUUUCAUGUCCACAAAUUGGUAUUUAUAAAUCAUUAAAUUCUUAUCGAUCAUCUGUACCUAUUUCAACAUGUUCAACUGGUCUUUGGACUUUAUCAAUUGGUUGUCAAAUAACAAAUUCAAAUGAAUUAACAUUAACUUCAUCUUGUCGUCAUGAUAUUGUACCUGAAGUACAAGUUAUAACAUCAAUUAAAGGUAUAUGUCUUGCAUCAUGGCGUACCGAUCAUCGAUUUCAACGUACAAUGAUUCUUUAUGAUAAAACAAAAGCAUUUUGCUUGAUUCAACCAUUAAAAUCAAUGACAGCUAGUUGGAUUUUAUCCAAAACCAGUUGUACAAAUAUUGGUUUAUCAUCAAUUAAUGUCGAAAAUAGUUUACGCUAUACAGAUAAUUGUCAAGAAAAUAAUCGUUUAUUAUUAUUAUCAUCAUCAUCAAAUAUUUAUUCAGUAAAACGAGUAUAUUAUUUGUUGUUUUAUUUAACUAUGAAACUAUUAAUAUAUGUAAAUGUGAUGACAUAA